AGUUGCUCCGCUUCGGAGAAGUGAGCGGUAACCCUCGUCGGAUAGUGAGAGCUGACGGAGGAUAAAGAUAUGAAAAAAUUUGGAAGUAACUGGUCCAAUGGGGACAAACAUUUUGGAAACUCGGGCAGUUCCUGGGUGGAGCCACAAAUCAACUACAAAUACCAAAGGACCGAGACGAGCGCAGAAGUGCCAACAACUCCCGGUCCGGCUCUGGAGCAGACCAUUUCCAGCUCCCUGAUGGCCUUGGCAGUGGAUUUUAAAAUUUAUGUGGAUCAGGCAUGUAGAGCUGCCGAGGAAUUUGUCAAUAUUUACUAUGAGACAAUGGAUAAAAGACGACAUGCACUUGUCAGGCUGUAUUUGGACAAGGCCACUCUAAUCUGGAAUGGAAAUGUUGUUACAGGGCUGGAAGCCCUUGCUAAUUUUUUUGAGAUGUUGCCUUCCAGCGAAUUCCAGAUCAAUAUGUUAGAUUGCCAACCAGUUCAUGAGCAAGCUACCCAGUGCCAAACUACAGUGCUCGUUGUGACCAGUGGAGUUGUGAAGUUUGAUGGAAACAAGCAGCAUUUCUUUAACCAGAACUUCCUGCUGACUGCGCAGAGCACUCCUAACAGCACUGUGUGGAAGAUUGCAAGUGAUUGCUUCCGUUUUCAAGAUUGGGCUAGUAUUUAAAGGAGCAAAAGCCCAUUCUAUUGGUCCAUUAGUUCCAGCAAGAGAAGUUUAAGGAGAAUUAAUAUAUUUUGUGCAAAAGUACUACAAACUUAAGUGUAUGUGCUAAAACUAAAUGUAUGUAACUUUUUUUUUUUAUUUAUUUUUAGCAGCGCCUUUGCUAGAUCAGCUGCCAGUUUGGAUUAUUGCCCUUAAGAGCUUUAAAGAUAGUUUUUUUACAUGCCUUAUGCAUACAUUCCACUACUGACACUCUCGAGGUAAUAUUAAACAUGAUCUAGGUACUAAGAUAUUCACUGUGAACCCGAUCUAUUGCACAAAUGGAGUCCUUUUGUAUUCCUCUCUAUGGGAUAGCACAAGAUAGCUCUGUAGGAUAGUCUCAGUUACUAGGGUAAUUUCUCAAUGAAGCACAUGCCUGUUUACGAUUAACACUGGUACUAAAGUUUUAAUAUAUAAGUAUUUGAAGUCUGUUCAGCUUAGUUUUACGCUAGUGUUCCUCCAUAUUUGAAUUGUGUAUAACUGUAUAAUAGGCCGUGUUGUUUUCUUGCAUUGACAUGUUUCCUUUUGAAAUGAGGUAAUCAAUUAGAUGGGCAAAAAAAAAAAAUGUUCUCAACUGAUACUUGUAUAUCGGGUGCAUUUAAUGGCAGUAACAACUCUGAAAGCUUUUUUUCGUGCCGGCUUCAGGUCAGUGUGUUUAUGCGAUAAAUGGGAGUGAAAAGAGAAGCUGUAAUGGGAGAGUAAGAAAUGAGAAAUAGAGCAAUCUAAGACUGAAGCCUCUCAAGAGAGGGAGCACACUUGUCCCCUACCUCCUGGAAGGGAGCCAAGUUUCAGGAUUUGCAUCCCAAGAGUCUCUAAGAACCCUUGCCAUGGUCCUAAAAACUGGAUUUUAAGAUCAUUUUACGUCCCCUUCAUGCCUGUCUCCAGUAUCCAUCCCAGCUUCUUUAUGAAUGUAAGGGAUUAAAAUAUCAGCUGUAAACUUAACUUUGUCUCAGAAUCUGAAAAUUAGAAAGAAAGCUAUCUCAGUCUCUGUGCAUGCUGAACUCCAAAUUCUUCCAUAUCAACUUCAAGCCCAAAGCCUCCAAUGUAUUACCUACCAUGCACAUGAAUAAUUUUCUUCCAUGGCUUUUACACUGUCAACUGUUUUACCUACUUUUUAAAAUUAAGUCUUUGAUUUUAUGAUUUAUUUCUGUAUGGCACUGGAUAAAAAUAUUAUUAAAACUUUUCUGCCUAUGGUUAAAAAUCCAGAAAUCAAAGAAAAGAUCUUCAUGAUAAACUUCAAAGGAACAAACUUUCUGUUUUAGCUUCUAAAGACAAAAAUAUAAAGUUUUUAGCUUUUAGUUAAACUUUAUAAUUCUUUGCAAUUUUUAAGUAUUUUAAGCUAAACAUGCAAGGUUUGUUCUGUAGUAUGAUCACUAUUAAAUUUUUAUCACUCAAUUUUAAAACUAGUAAUUUCCUUUGGCUCAGAAAUGUACUCUACUUAUAAUUAUUGUAUUAUUUAAAUGAACUAGAAGGUGAUAGAACUGAUAUUUAAACCAUGGCUCAUUUCAGUUCUUAUCAAAACAUAUACAUUCUAGUCUAUUCAGAGUGAGCUUGCUCUUAUUUCGAAUUUUUUCCAUUAACUAUGUCUUUAGCAGAAAUAAUUAAAAUACCCAGUCACUGCCCUUUCUAUUGGUGGAGAACAAUCGCAAAAUCUGUGUAUAAUUAGCAAUAACAGAACUAAACCAUUGUUUAGUUGCUAAUCAUAUGUUGCUUUAUCCAUAUGCUGUAUAACUCCAUAACAUGUAUGACUUUAAAUGGCUGGAACUGCUCAUAUGUGGACUAAACUAUUUUUGACAUGUUCAUAUUUUUAUAACUUAAGAAAUAAAAGUUGCAUUUUCACAA